AUGUCCAACUCUAAGGAAUUCGUCUUUAAAGAUCCUAAAGAAAAUACAACAUGUACUGAAUCAAACAGUGAUUCUGUAAAUGAAGAAUGUGACAACAAGAGUAGAUUCUCUGCUUAUCAAAAAAUGAAAUCACCUUUUGCUAUUCGUUCUGAAAUACAAGAAAAGAGAAGAUUACAAGCUUUGGAACUUCAAAAGAGACAACGCAAUGAUAUUGUCGCAAGCUUAAGAAAUCUGGAUCUACUUGCAAAGAGCGACAACGACGACGAUGACGACGACGAUGACGAAGAAGAAGGGUCUAAUAGUUCAUUGAAAAGAGGACGUGAUGAUAGUGACGAAGAUAUGGAAGAAGUAUGCAAGCUGGUCAAAAAUAACCCACAAAAACCAAAAAAGAAUAAAAAGAAAGCCAAUAUUUAUGCAAAUCAAAUCAUGUAUGCUGAAUACCUUGAAUCUAUACCAAGUGAUUUCGCACAAGAAUGGAUUACGAUCAUUUGUCCAAAAGGAAAAAGAUGUUUUGUUAUGUCUGGUAAUGGUCAAACUAUCUCUAGAUCAAGAGGUGGAAAAAUACUUGGCCGAUUUCAGUCCGUCUUACCAAAUGGUUCCAGACACUAUCAUGGAUCAGAGUAUUGUAUAUUAGACUGUGUUUAUGAUGCUGUACAUUGGACAUUUUACGUACUGGAUAUAAUGUGCUGGAAAGGAUAUUCAGUAGCUGAUUGUGAUACAAGCUUUAGGCAUUUCUGGUUGCAUACAAAGUUUGCAUCCAAUGAGUUCGAUGCACCAAAUGGUGAAAACAGAUUUUACAAGUUUGUUCCUCUUCAAGGAAUACCAACUACAGAAUUGACAUCCAUAGCAAACAGUCCCGAAGGCUACCUGAGUCAGAAUCAAGGACAUACUUAUGAUAUUGAUGGGUUAUUAUUCUACCAUAAACAAGCUCAUUAUAUUGGAGGAAGUACACCUUUAGUCUGUUGGGUGCCUCGAAAUAAAGUAUCAACAUUGCUCUUACAACAGUAA